GGUUCCAGCCCCUUGAGCGCCUGGCAUCCUCCCCUCCCUGUGACAGCCCCUGUCUCCAGUCCCUUCUGGAGCCUCCCUGGGGGGGCAGCUCCCUCGUCCUCGCCCGCUUCACCCUGGUACGAACUCAACUCUCCCCUUUUCCCAGGGAUUGGGCUUCCCAGCCCUCCCCACUUUGGGGGACUUGGAUUUCCCAUUAACUUUUGUCACAGUCCAAACCAGUCUUUUGUGCCCGUCUUUCCUCAGUGUCUGAGUGGUGUGGCUUCUGGGGGUGGUGGAGGGAAGGGCGGGAACUUGGCACGGGAGGGCAGGCAGAGGGCAGUGUAGUUGGGCAUCCAGGGCUGUGGGGAGGGCAUGUUCGGAGAGUGCAGGGGGAACGCCUGUCAGACCAGCUUUGCGUGAGUCCUUCCAUCAGCCCUCCCAGCCUCUGGGAGAAGUCUCAGCCUUGCCUGUGUCCCCCACUCCCUUCUCGUCCCCGCUCUUUGCCUCUGAGCUCAGACACCCCCACUGGUGCCAGAACACCUUUGUGUCCCAGAGAGCGACUGGGUCGGGAGAGGCCUUGCUCUCUUUUGGCUUCUCCUCCUAGUCCUGGAGGGGCGGAGGGGGACUUAGUCUUUCAGGAGUGCAUCCUGUGUGCUGAGCCCGAGGGGGAAGCCAGGCCCAGAGGCUAAGCCAGCUGCCAGGGUCACACACAGCCAUGUGGCUGUACCUGGCAGUCCUCGUGGGCCUGUACUACCUCCUGCGCUGGCACCGGGAGAGGCAGGUGGUGAGCCACCUGAGGGACAAGUAUGUCUUCAUCACGGGCUGUGACUCGGGCUUCGGGAACCUGCUGGCCAGGCAGCUGGACGUGCGGGGCUUGAGGGUCCUGGCUGCAUGUCUGACGGAGCAGGGGGCCCAGCAGCUGAGGAAGCAGACGUCAGACAGGCUGGAGACGGUGCUCCUGGACGUGACCAAGACAGAGAGCGUUGCUGCGGCCAAGGAGUGGGUGAAGGAGCGUGUGGGGGACAGAGGUACCACCCAGCUGUCUCACGUCCGAGUCUUGUGUCUGUGUGAAGGGGAGCCCCCCUGUCAGCUCCCCGGGGAAGAGUCCCAGCGUGUUUUCCAGGCCUUGGGGUCCUCCCUGUGUUCUUGCCCUCACGCAGCUGCCCAGCCCAGCCCCUGCCCUCCCGGGACCCCCUUCCCGACCGUGGGGCUCUGCAGUUUGGGGAGAGUGUUCCCUGCUGGGGCUGUGUCCUUGCAGACCUCCUGCCUGGUGUCCCCUCCUGUCUGAGCAGGAGGUCUGGGUUUCUUGACGCUGAGUGACCAGGGUGCUCCCAGGGUGCUCAGGGCCCACUUUCUGGAGGAGGGCUGGGGCCGGGGUCUCUGGCUGGGAGGCUGCACAGGUGGCGGGGGUAGGGGGUGGCUUUGGAGCUGGGCUGUGUUGUCAGCACUUGACAUGUGUUUGUUUUGUUUUGUUUUUGCUUUUUAGGGCUACACCAGAGGCAUA